AUGCCUUUUAGAUUUCCAGUUAAAUUUGAAAUACCCAAACACACUCAUAUAAAUGCAAGAGUUUUAAGAGAUCAAUUUAAAAGAUUACAAUUUGCAGAACAUGAAGUAACAAGAAAUGCUUUAAAAUAUAUUGCAAGAAAUGAGGAUUUACCAUCAAGAGCUAGGGUAGAAGCUCAAUUACAAUUAUCAAGUAUGCCAAAAUAUACUUCAUAUAUUCAAAUAAGAGAUAGAUGUGUUGCAACUGGUAAUUCUAAAUCUUUAAUACGUGAUUUCAAAUUAAAUAGAACUGCUUUUAGAGAUAGAGCAAGAGCUGGACAAAUACCUGGAGUGAAAGUUGCGUCAUGGUAA